AAAUCCGCGGCUUUUUGCGUGCAUUCAGGCACACGCACGUGUUUCACGAGGCCUUGGAGAAUAUUGCUGAUCAGCAGCUCCAGCAUCAGAUCAAUGCAUUUGUCGAUGGUGCGUCUGCAGGGGACGUGGUUAAAGAUAAAGGCUUCCAGGUUUCAUCGUAUCCGAGUCCGAAAGUCAAACAGCAUUUCUCUCUCCUCGUAGAGAUAAGGAAGUUCGUCCUGGAAGGCUUGCAUAUCGAACAUGCGAUUGAAAAAGUGUUUGCUAUAACUGGCAAAAAGAAGCGCAUUGAGCCGCUACCUCUCGUAUACGAAGAUGCUGCUAAGAAGAAGCUCAUGGAGGUAUACUCUGACGUACCUUUUCAAAAUUGGGGCGAGAGUGUAAACAACACCCCCAGGUACACUUUUAUUCCGAGCACAGUACUUGGCCUCCAGAACCUUGCCCGUUUCGCUUCAGCCAAUAACUUCAGGGUUCGCUGCGGAGGGUACCGUCACUCAUGGGCACCCAUCUUCUCUCAAAAUAACGAAAUCUUCGUGUCAUUGCUCAGCACUGAGCAAGUCACAGCAAUGCCGGACCCGACGAGUAUCAUCCCAGGGCCGUUUCCUGGACAUGGCACUAAUGAGCUGAAGACCAUCGAGCUCAAAGAGCAGCUCUCCAAAGACAAGAGGCUCUGCAGAGUCGGUGUGGCCGUCACGAACGAAGAAUUUCGAAGAUGGGCUGUUGCAAACAAGUCGUGGGCGUUGCCCGUGGAUGUCAUCCUCGUCGAAGUGACCAUAGGCGGCGUCAACGCUCCCAUUUGCCAUGGUGCUGGUUACCGACACAAGACUAUAUCCGAUUAUGUGCGUCGCGUCGAAUAUGUUGACUGCAACGGACAGCGGCAAACAGUGGACGAUCCAGAGCUCAUCAAAGCGGCUGCCGGCAGCUUUGGUCUCCUGGGCAUCGUAACGCAUCUCACGUUCGAGCUGGAUGCAAUGACUUAUGCGGUUAUGGAGCCUCGCAAAGUCGACAUCGGCUUGGCCAUUCCUCCACUCGACAAGGAGGACAUCCCCAUGGCACUGCGUCAGGACUGGUUCCACAAACCAGAUGCCGCAAAGAAGCUCGAGGCAGCCCGUGCCGAGUUUGAACAUGAUGCACUCACCAAAUACUACUCGGAAUGGUUCUGGUUUACAUACCAGCAGAAAGCAUGGGUCAACACGUGGAACACCACUACGGACCCAGCUGGCGCGGAGGAUUAUCCUAACGAGGGUGGCGUCUUCCUGCAAUGGAUCCAAGGCUGGAUGGGCUACAUUCUGACCUCAUCACCACUCUUCAACGCCAUCCCGGGACACUGGCAAGCGCAGCUGCUGGCAACGAUUGGGCUGGCAGUGCUGCCACCGACUCACGGCGAGGACCAUACACCCAAGAUCAUCGCACCCCUGACCGACGCGCUGCACUUCCGGCGCGGGGUGCAAAACAUGCGAGUGCGGGACACGGAAUUCGAGAUUCCGCUGCCACCGCGCGCGGACAACGCGCAUGCUCCGGACUUCAGCAUCGUGCAGCGCGCCUGGUGGGAUGUCAUCAAGCUGGUCUACAGCUACGACCGGGGCGAGGCGCCGCUGCGCCUCACGCUCGAGCUGCGCAUCACGGGCGGCAGCGACAUGCUCAUGGCGCCGCAGCAGGGCAACGCGCUCGGGACCGCAAGCAUCGAGGUCCUGACAGUGCCCGACGCCGUGUCGGACAACGAGUGGCGCGAGUUUAUGCAGCGGGUUGCGGAUAUCUGGAUGGGCUAUGGGAAGCACUAUGGCGGGGCGCAGAUCAAUGUUCGGCCACAUUGGGCUAAGGAGUGGGAUGGUCUUACUUUGGGUGGUAGGGAUGCGAGGCAGUACCUUAAGGAGGUGGCGUAUCGGGAGCAGAUUCCGAGGUUUAGGGCUGCGUUGGCUAAGAUUGGCGAGGUGCAGGGGUGGCGUUUGGAGGACUUGAAACAGAGGUUCUCGAAUGAGCUGUGGGAUCAGCUUGUUUUUAGUGAGUGAGAUGAAGGCGGUUUUGGAAAGACGAGUUGCAGGGAGCCAGGGUUCUGUCGUCUGUUAUGGUUUUGUUGAUUGAAAUUGAGUCCUGUAGUCUUUGCGACUGGGAGUUUCGUUGUUGUUAUCUCUCAGCUGCUACAUAUCUAAUGCCUAAAUAGUACAAGAUCU